GGUAAACUACACAAGGGAGACUCCACCGUGCAAUCCCCAAGUACAGUGCCUCCACGUCCGUCGACAGCCAUCCAACAACCGUUUUAAGUCUGUUUUUUGGCCGUACGAAACAAUUGGAAGGCGUCACUAAAGCUGAAUCUUUGCUUUGUACUUAAACUAGUUUUGGAGCUGUCGGAUGUCUCAUUCUAAUGACCCGUUUACGUCCUACGGGGACAAUAUGGGCUAUCAAUCCAGUGGCCCAGGAUUUAAUAAUGGUCCAUCUGACUUAGACCCAGAGGAACAGAGACGCCGGAUUAUGACGAAUCCGUUCUUGUCACCACAAUUUAAUCGAAAUUCGGAUCCUCUAGUGGACUCUAUGGCAGAUCAAUUGUUUGGGAACUUUAACACGACGAACACUGGAAACCCAGUAGACGUAGCAAGAACACCGGCAGCUUCUUCUCCCUCUCCUCAGAUAGAAAAGGCAAAAGCCUUGCCUCCGAGGCCGCGAUCAUCGAUCGACAAGGCUAAUAUCUCUGCCAAUAGUUACGAACCAUUGGAGCCUUUGCCCAGUUACAGUCCACCAAAGGAUCCACCUGCUCAUCCUCAAAGACGUCUUCAACGUACACAUAGUAGUAAUCAUCUUUCGGCAGGCAGUCGAAACUCUCUCAUUUCUCGCUCUUCCACUCCGGAUUUGAAGUCUCCAGGCAAUGGAUCCUCAACAUUGCGCCGAAACAAGACUGUGCGUGAAACGUCGUCGACUCAGGCAAAGAGAAGAAGCAACAAUCCUUUGGAUCAAAUUGAUCGUUUGGAUGUUACGGGUUUAUACGGAGCCGGGAGCUUUCAUCAUGAUGGACCUUUUGAUGCGUGUCGGCCUCAUAGAAAUGUCAACACCUCCAAGGCACCAGUGGCUGCAUUCCCUGAAGAUAGUGUUGCUAACAGCAUUCAACCUCCCGGUACUGGAUUCAAUGACCCUAAACAUAAACAGAAUUUUCACCGGAUGUCGGUUGCUGAACAGCUUAAAACGAAAAACAUACUGCAGCAACCGCUGGGCAGUGAUGCUUUCGAAGAAGAUUUUAUUAUAACUCCGGCGGGAAGUGCCUUGACCGAUUCCACUCGUAUUGAGGGUGCUCCCGCAUCGAAGAAUGCUAUCGCCCGAAACGAGGAGAUGCUUGCCAUUGAGAAGGCAAACUUGUCCCGUAAAAAGUCCAUUGCAAAGAAACUUGGCUUGUCCCGGGGACCUUCCUUGUCCAGAUCAACGACCCUUCCUCUUAAUUAUCGGAACAAGUCAGCUUCAGCCUCUUGGAAGCCUUACCGCAACGAACCGUCUCGCUCGCCUCUGGUACCUAUAUCUAAUAGAGACGAAACUGACAAUGAACCUGUAACCGAAAGGACUCCGAAACCCGCUAAUUCAUCAUAUUCAAAUAACGAGAACUAUGAAAGAAAGAGAAGACCGCCGCCUCCACGUCCUCCUCAGUCUAAUCUACAACGAAAGUCUGUCUUGAAUACCACUCCUUAUCCAUCCUAUACCCAAUCUGAAACAUCUCUUCCCCUUUCUUCCGGCAAUGGAAGCUUGAAACCUAAAAGGGCUGGUUUCUUUAGAAGACUUUUCUCAAAACACCGUAGCUAAACACGGCAUGGCUCUGGUAAUUUUUUUCUUAUAAGCAUUAUUCAACCACUGGAUUCAUGGUACUGAGGAUCCAUUUAUUAUUAUCAUCAAUUUAUGCUGUUGCGGCUAUUUUGUCACUUUCAUUAAGACGUGUUUGUUGUGCAUUGCUCCAAUGCACUUGAAGAUUUUAAACCUGUAUAAUAGGAUUUUGGUCGAUGUAUGAUGCUUGAUAAUUUUGCCUCUCACGUCAACGAUGAUGUUGUAUUUUUGCCUAGCUUCUCCUUUCUAGUGAAAAUAAGACCUAUACAUUUGCGCAUCAAUACCAUUUUCAUGAGAACUCUUAGAUAUAUUACUUGAAGAAAGAUACUAUGCAUGUCAUUGACUGAUGGUUAAGUCUAUGUCUCAAAGCGUAAACAGGCGAACGCAUGACUUAAGGUCAACUACCCUAGUUCUGUCUAGAGGGUAGGGGGAUCGGAAAUCAUCGGGUUCUCGGAUUCAGUAUUAAAAUCGGCUUCUUCCACGGGUUCGCCCAAGAUGGUUAAAGGAAAUCGAACAGAAGCGAGUCUGUUUCGUUAGUAAUGAAAGUAAUAUGAAGCACGUGUGUAUCACGUUUGCAUUGGUCUUAAAUACCUCUGUCGUAGCCUUGUUCGAGCCGUAAUUUUAAGCGAGUACGCAAGUGCGAACCGAUUUUUGAAUUCAAUGCUCCGACAGUGAAACGGGAUCUCCAAGGAGAAGCAUGUUCCCGUCUCCUUGAUGAGAACUUGAUUGUCGUGCCCACAGUGAAUGGUUACACUGGAAAGUGUUUUCGUUUUUAAUGUUUGAGAUACAUUGCCAUUACGUUCUUCGCUGUAGUUCUUUGGUG